CUGGCUUCAGAUUUGGUUUGUGCAUAAGUUUAAGUGUAACCCAACACUGUGGGAGAAAUAAGCUCCACCACUCCUGCCUAUGACUGACCACAUCUGUAUCCAUAAACCAAGUUCUUAAUGGAAGUGUUUGGUCACGAAUAUAAUCGUUUUUUCUCUCUCUUUUGGUGCUGCAGUGAUCCAGUAAGACAUGUUGCGUCGGUGAUGCUCCACCGCUCAGCGUCGUGGCUUCAUGCUGGACUUUCUCAUGUUCGUGGCUUCAUGCUGGACUGUUCAGCCUCUUAAAUCUGCUGGUAUUUUUGGAGUGUCUUUACAGAUCGUCUGUUUUUUCGUCUGAUCACUUUCCACAGGCGGAAAAAGAAGCGACCAGACUUGUGAAGGACGCUUUAAAAGUAAAACCGAUCUGCUAGAUCCAGAUCUGCACGGUGUGUGUGACCGUGUGCGCACCGGGGUCAUGAGGAUGAGGUCGGCUCUCCUCAAUCUCUCCUCCGUCUCCUUACUUCUCCUCCUGAUCUCUGCCAUCUCUCUGACUGAUGCCUGCAAUAAAGCACUGUGUGCCAGUGAUGUCAGCAAGUGCCUCUUACAAGGCCUGUGCCAGUGUCGACCUUCAGAGGGGAACUGUUCCUGCUGUAAAGAGUGUAUGCUGUGUUUAGGCACUCUCUGGGAAGAGUGCUGUGAUUGUGUGGGCAUGUGUAACCCGAGGGAAUACAGUGAGACUCCGCCCACUUCAAAAAGCACAGUGGAGGACCUGCACGCCCCAAUCCCAUCACUCUUCAGAGCCCUCACAGAGGGAGACACUCCAAUCAACAUGAUGGUGGUGUCAUUCCCGGUGUCUGAGGAGCUCUCGCACCACGAGAGUCUCAUCUCCUUUCUGGAGAGUCUCGACCAACAGCAUCAGAACAUCUCGCUUCACGUCCCAGGCCUCCACGACGAUAAAGAUAACCUGUGCACAGUGGUGUAUUUCGACGACUGCUUGUCUAUACGGCAGUGUAAGCAGUAUUGUGAGUCAAUGGGAGCGUCCAAGUAUCGCUGGUUCCACAAUGCGUGCUGUGAGUGUGUUGGGCCGGAGUGUGUGGAUUACGGAAGCAAAGCUGUUAAAUGCAUGAACUGUCUCUUUUAGGAGCACUAACACACACCGUCAGGAUGGUAUUGUUUAUUAUUUAAUGGCUUUUAUGCAAAAAAAAAAAGGGUUCUUUAUUUUGCCAACAUUCAAUGUAUUAAUAUUACUGCUCUGUUUUUUAUUUGCUCUCCAUAAUUAAUAAAAAUGUUGCUAAAUUAAAGUUACUUUUUACCAUUCCACAUACCGUUGCAUAAACAGUGCUCCAAGACAGUACAGAAGUACAAAUGUUCAUCUUUUACUGAUUGUCCCAGAAGCUGCUUUUAAACGUUUACUGUUAGUGUGAUUUGAGGAAACAGGUUUGUUUUAUUACAGAGAACCAUAGCACACAAUUUAGCUAUGCUACAAAUGCUGCUCUUUCCUUUAAAUAACAUGUUAAAUUUGCUUAACAUUUUGUAUUUAUAACUAUCAUAUUAAUAUUGUAAUAAAUACAUGUUUGUCAGA